CCAUCUCAUCAUUCCUUAAUUAAUUCUGUAAAACAAAGUUAAGUAAAAGAAAGAAGAAAAAAAAAUGGUGCCUUCAGGUCAAUCAUAUGCAGCAAUGAUCUCCCCACAAUCGUCGGCGGUGGCGGCGAUAACGCAGCGGUCUCCAUGGCACUCGCCGGUUCCAUACUUAUUCGGCGGCCUGGCGGCGAUGCUUGGACUGAUCGCUUUUGCCCUGCUGAUUUUGGCAUGUUCUUACUGGAAACUGUCUGGAUAUCUAGAAGACAGGGAGAAUUCAGGGGAGCGUGAUCUUGAAAUGGGUGAGGAGAAAAGUGAUGAGAAACAGAAGAUUCCGGUUGAAUAUGAAGAGAAGGUUUUAGUUAUAAUGGCUGGACAGUUGAAGCCGAGUUGUUUGGCGACACCAGUUCCGAGUAGAGCUUCGUCUUUUGGAAGCAAUGUGUCGUCGUCUUCGUCGGUGGGUUGUACUGAGAAAUCGGAUGGAUCGGUUUCUUCGUCGGAGAAGGAGGAUGAAGAGGAGGAGGAAGAGAGGAAAGUGGGUGAAGAUAUUAAUGGCGUCGCUUUGUCGUGAAUUUAAUGCUCUGUUUUUACAUGUCGAUCGAAUUGCAUGUUGGAUUGGAGGAAGGGGAAGAAGGAAGGAUUAGAUGAGAAAUUACUGCUGUAAAUAUUUUUUGGAGGAUGAAAUUGGGGGUUAAUUAAUGAGAAUCAAAUUAUCACUUUUUUUCCUCUUUCUCAA